AGAGGGUGCCGAGUGUUGUUUCAGGAAGUGGGCACCCUAGAGAGUCCCUGGCUUUCUCUGCACCGGAAAUCAUCGUGUGACACUGGCUAAAGUCACCCAGAAGGGGUCCCAGGUCUGAGGACUCAGGGUUCUGGGAGAAGUCAGAGUCAGGCUUUUCCCUGGGUCCACAUCUGUUAGAUGCUGGGUUUGGGAGUUCUUUGCAGGAUUCAUAAAGAAACUCCUGCUGCUCUUCCACAUACUUUUUCCCAGAAAGGAGAACUUGUUCCACUGGCAGAAAAGACCUCCGCUGGUGAAGGAAGGUUUGUGGUUUUCAUAUGUAUUCUCCAGUUAUUUGAAACUUAUCUAUGUUUUUGCCGUGCCUCUCAUGAAUGAGCCCAGUGUUCACUCUUGCUCCCACUUGCAAAUCAACGAAGUAAGUUCCUUGAGGAUGGAGGCCCCAUCUCACUCAUUUUUGCAAACUCAUCCUCAUGGCCCAUCACCCACAUUUAUACACAUCCAGUGUUCCUCUGAUUUGUGGUGUCUGUUCAGGAAUGGUUGCCUGGAGGACCUCCAAAGGAGCCAAGGUGGCCUGAAGAUCAUGAACGUGUCUUCCGAGCACUGCAACACGUCGCAUUGGCUGAGACUGGAAGCAACAGUGAAGGCCUCUGUAUACGUGGUGGCUUUCUCCUUUGCCACCUUCACCACGGUCAUCAUUGUCUCCAUAGUGUCACAGAACUCCAAGAUGAGAAGGGAGGUCCGAUACAUCCUGCUUUGCCACCAUCUGCUGUGCAUCUCCUCCUACUGUGGCCUGGGGGUGGUUUUCCAGGGGAUGCGGGCCAUGCUGGCCAACAGCUCCCUGCUGAUGUGCUGGGUGGUAUUCGGGGCACAGCUCAGUGUUGGGGAAGGGAUUCUCUUCACUCUGGCCCUGAUGGCUGUCCACACCUACCUAGUGAUUUGCUGGCCUUUGAAAUCUCUGUCCUUUGUAGAUUUAGUUAAAUACCGGAUUCUGGCUGGGAUCUGGGUAAUCAUUAUACUGAAGAAUGUUUGCUUAUUCCUCAUAGAGGGCACUAACUCCACUUGGGUUGCUCUUUUAAAAUCUGAACCCCUUUGCCCGGUGAUCUUGAAUGGCAUUCCUGCCAGAGCCAUCGGCAUGGCUUUCCUUUUCCUCCUUCUGUCUAUCAUUCUUCUAAGUUACUCUCUGAUAUACAAAGAAGGGAAACGGGCUGGCCACUUUAAUAGGUCCAAUAUCAAAGCAAGGAAAACAGUCCUUAUCCAUUUAGUGCAGUUGGGUUUGCAUGUAAUACCAACCCUGUUAUUCAUAGGUUUGGGAAAGAAGUGUGGCGUGUUUUUCUCUGCGUUAAAUCUGGUGCUCUUUGGAGUCUUCGCGUUUGCCCAGUGUUUUAACCCUCUGAUCUAUGGACUCUGGAAUAGAGAGCUGCAAAGCAGAUUAUACUAUAGGAUGUGCUGUCAACAGCAGUGUGGUCACACGAUGAACAGCAGAGGGCCAGUUUAAACCAAAAUUGAGCCAUUUUAAAUCAAUAAUGCUAGUCUUAAUGAAUGGACCGUCAGCUAAGGUGGAAGAUUUGCUGUUUAUUCAAAAUUGAUGCCUCAAUUUGAUUUUGAAAGUAAUAUGAGCAAAUCAAACUUAUUCACCUGGCUUAGAAACCGUGUUGCUGUAUACACGGAGUUGGCCUCCGUGAAAUCAUUUCAUGUCUUUAAACUGAAAUUAGCAUUUGGGGCAGCAUGCCUUACUGUGUUUUAGGAGUUGGUCAGCUUUUGAGAAUGCACUUGUUUUUAGAAACUGAGAUAUAGUCCAUGGUUGAUAGGAGGAGAAGUUUGGAUCUUCCCCUUAUAUUAAUUAGCAGUAGAUUUGGCUACAUAUAAUAACAAGUCAGAAACAAAAUAAUAGUUAGUAUAAAAAGUUAGAGACUGAUUUUUUUUCUUAUGUAAAAGAAAUCAAGAGAUAACACAAUCCAGGCUUAUGUGGCCACUCUGCAGGCCACAGGCUCAUUCUCUUCUAUUCUUCUCUGUGGUUAGUAUACUACCUCAUGACCCAAGAUGGCUAUUAGUGCUCCUGUUGUCACAUUUGCACUCCAGCCAACAGGAAGGAGGAAGGGGCAAAGAAAUCUCCAUACCUUCCUUCUAAAGACAAUUUCUAGAAGUUAAACAACACUUUUUCUUACAUCUAACUGGCCAAAAUUUAGUCAUGUAGUUAUGACCUUAGAUUUAAGGGAGAGUGGGAGGAAAUUUUAGUAGGGUAGCAGUGUCUCCAGCUAAAAAUUGGGGUCAUUAAUACCAGAAAAGGAAAGAAAAAUGGAUAUUAGGAGGCAAAAUUAUUUCAAGCAAAAUUUUUAUUUAUUUUAUUUCCUCUCAAUGAAAUAAAAUAUAAAGAAUGACAAUGGAUGAGUUAUGAUGCUCACAAAAACACAGUACAUCUUUUAUUUUGAUAUACAAAUACAGAAUUAUCUGUUCUGGAUCCCAGAAAAAUUUAUUUGGGUUAUCUCAACAGCUUUCGAAGGGAAUGGCAUCAAUAAGGAGAUCACUGAACUGGUUUAAACUUGGGAACUCAUAAUUUAAAUCUAAGUAAGUUUUGGGCAGUAGUAUGAAAUAAAUUAUUUCCUGGAAGUUUA